CAUGGAGCAGGUGGAGGUGCAGAAGCAGGAUGAUGUACACAAGAAGGAGAUGAUGCAGCAAGGGAUGCAGGAGGCGCAACAGGAGGAGGUACACCCGGCUGAAGGGGAGCAACAGGAGGAAGAAGAAGAAGAGGAGGGGCAACAGGCUGUCAACAUAGAGCAGGAGGAGGUUCAACCAGAGAGCGAGGAGGAACAAGAGGAGGUACAGAAGCAGAAAGAGGAACAUGAAAAGGAGGAGGUGCAGGAGGCACACCAAGGAGAGCAGAUGAACAUUGAGAAGGAGGAAGAGGAGAGGUAUCUUGCUGAGGAAGUGCAACAGGAGGAGGUACAACUGGAUGAAGAGGAGCAACAGGAGGAGGAAGAAGAAAAGGAGGCUCAGCAGGUUGAGGUGCAGGAAGAGAAACACGUGAAGGAGAUGCCGCAGGAGGAGGAUGACACUAUGCAGCAGGAAGAAGAGCAACAAAUAGAGGAGGAGGUGCAGAAGCAGGAUGAAGAACAAAUGAAAGAGAUGCCGCAGGAAGAGGAGCCACAAAUGGAGGGGGGGCAGCGACAGGAGUAUGAGGAGGAGCAGGUGCAGGACUUUGUGGACCCUUUGGAGCACAACCACAACAGUCAGGUUCUCAUUCGCCUCAGAGGAAUGCAGAAAUAUAAAAACACAUCACAGAGGCUGAAAGCGGUCUUGGGUCAGAUGGACCGCGGCGUGGUCGACAUUCAGGAGCUGCGCAGUAACCUUCAGAUGGCGGCCACCAUGUUGGAUGCUGUCUACACGGACGAGACCAGACGUCUCCUGGACCCCGAGGACGAACUGAGCGACCUGCAGGCCGAGUCGGUACCCAGGGAGGUCCGCGAUUGGCUGGCCUGCACCUUCAGCCGCAAGAUGGGCGUGGCCAAGCGGCGGCCUGAGGAGAAGCCGAGAUUCAGGAGCAUCGUCCACGCCGUACAAGCCGGGAUAUUCGUGGAGAGGAUGUACAGACGGACGUCCAACAUGGUCGGACUGACGUACCCGCCCACGGCUCUCGCAGCUCUCAAGAAUGUGGACCAGUGGUCCUUCGAUGUGUUCUCCCUUCACGAGGGCACGGGGGAGCAUGCCCUCAAGUUCCUGGUCUACGAGCUCCUGACGCGCUAUGACCUCAUCAACAGGUUCAGGAUUCCGGUGCCGGCCCUGGUGCAGUUUGUGGAGGCUCUGGAGAACGGCUACAGCAAACACAAGAACCCGUACCACAACCUGGUCCAUGCCGCUGACGUCACACAGACGGCGCACUUCCUCAUGCUGCACACCGGAACCAUGCACUGGCUGAGCGAGCUGGAAAUCCUGGCGAUGGUUUUUGCCGCGGCCAUUCACGACUUUGAGCACACGGGGACCACAAACAAUUUCCACAUACACACAAGGUCGGAGGUCGCCAUCUUGUACAACGACCGGUCGGUACUGGAGAACCACCACGUGAGCGCCGCCUACAGGUUGAUGGCGGACGAGGACACGAACAUCCUGGUCAACCUCAACAAGGACGACUGGAGGGAGCUUCGUGCGCUGGUGAUUGAGAUGGUGAUGUCCACGGACAUGUCCUGCCACUUCCAGCAGAUCAAGACCAUGAGGAACACCCUCUCGCAGACACAUGGUGUGGACAAGGUGAAGGUUUUGUCUCUGAUGCUGCACGCUGCUGACAUUAGCCACCCCGCUAAAACUUGGCCGCUGCACUACCGCUGGACGCAUAGUCUCAUGGAGGAGUUUUUCAGACAGGGAGACAAAGAAGUGGAACUGGGCCUUCCUUUUUCUCCUCUUUGUGACCGCAAAGCCACCAUGAUUGCACAGUCUCAGAUUGGUUUCAUUGACUUCAUUGUGGAGCCGACGUUCAGCGUCCUGGUGGACAUGACCGAGAAGGUGAUUGGUCCCCUAAUAGACGAGGAGAGGAAGGCCCAAGAGACGGGUAACCGACGUCCUAGCUUGACGGGAAGCGGCUCGGUCACCGUGGAGUCUGUCCAGAGACACAGCAGCUGUCGCCACGGCAACCGUGAUAUCGGACAGAUGGACUUCUCAUUGACCGCUAUUGACCUGCCUGAGCUCAGGAAGCAUCUGAGUGAUGUCAUCAACAGGAACAAGGACAGGUGGAAGGAACUCUCCGUGGAUGAAUUGGCCAAUAAGGAGCUAGACGACCAGGAGGAGGUGGAGUCUAAGAUCAAAAGCCAUACGGCUGACCAAUCGCAGGCCUCGGUUCACUGCCCACUUGAUGAAACACGUAACCAUGACGACGACUACCAAGAGUCACCUGACAUCCAACCUGAGGACCACUCCAGAUGGAACGGGGCCAGGCCGGGAGAGGAGCAGGAAGUGCCUGAAAACGCCUAAUUGGGACAUCUGCUGUGAAUUCUGCCAGGGAAACUGUCGCCAUGGUGACAGAUUGUAAGGCGUCCCUCAGGGGUCAUGGCAAAGCCCUGUGGAACUUUUCUUUUUGGACUGACCUUGAAGGGAUCACGCCAAUAUGGCUUCCUGUGCAAACAAACAAAACAAUCCGUUUGACAGGAAGUGUGUCGUUGAACACAUUGAACACUGAACAAGCAUUUAGCUUAGCACCCAUCAAGCUAGCUAGCUAGCUUAGCAUGAGUGUUACGGACACAUGGAGGUGUUGUUUGGAUCUUUGUCAGUCAUCACAUCUCCAUGUGAACCCUUUCAAAAAGGGAGCACUGUGUGUGUGUGUGUGUGUGUGUGUGUGUGUGUGUGUGUGUGUGGCUUUAUUGUGAACUUUGUGUUUGUGUGUGUGUGUUGUACAGAUGUUUUGUGUUUAAAUUGAAAUAAAAAUUCUCAAACUGA